AUGCAAGAAACAACCUACUAUGCCCAUCCACCUUGUGGUUCUUCGUCAAUCACUCGUCAUUUUGCGACUGCUGAACCAAUUCAUGUCAACUUUAAGAAUUCUAAUCCUACUGGUAAAGCAACAUUCCACCACAGCCAACAACAAGAACCACCAUCGGUUCAGAGAGAAUUGCAGUAUGCACUAAAACAUUCAAGAAACCACCACCACUCUUACAUGACUCAUCUUGAUGAAUCUUUUCAAUCACUGCCCAAGAGAAUGACUCGUUCCAAAUCGAAUUCAUCCUUUCAUUCCUCUUUUCAUUACAGUUCAGUGAGCAAGACAAUGAAUCAGAACACACAACCACUCUCUGGUACGUCGUCGAGUCUUGAACCACCUCAUCAUUAUACGAGUCCUCCAUCAAGCAACUACACCUCAAACUUGUUGAUGAAGGCCAAUUAUUCAUUGAGUGCACCCACCACUACAAUCAUGAAUCAUUCUACAAUGACUCGUCAUGGUAUCUCUCGUUUAACCAAGUUUGGGUUCAGAUCUGAAAUGGAGUUCACUCCAUACAAGAUUCGAUUUCAUGAAGGUCAGCAUUUGUAUAACAACAGCAACAACAACAACAACCGCCCUACAACAACCUCUCAAAACGUCAAUGGUGCCAACUCGAACAUUGAACAUGGACUUCAACCUUCCGUCAAUACUCAUGUUCAAAGAUCAUCAUCUUGUCGCCCUAUUCCAUCCUCUCAACCUGCCAUUUCUACUGCCACUCGAAAUUAUCUUCCUUCGAUUGGGGAGAUAUUAAGGAAUAUUGAAGAACAUGACAUUUCGAACACGACCUCUCAAAAGACGCAGCACCACACAAGAGAAGUCAAUAAUAAUCCUAUUAUUCAAUCGCCAAACAAUGAACCAUUCCAAAGUUUUAUGAAUCCAUCUCAUUCUCUACUACUAGGAUCUCAACAAGCAAUGAUUCACUCUUCUUCGACAGCUGCGAGUCAAAAAAGGCAAGAACCUUUGAAUUCACUGACAACAUUGCAAAGAGUCCCAUUGCUACAGUCAUCUCCACCAUCAUUAUCGACUUCAUUCAAUUCUUCAUCUCCAUCUUAUUCAGGAGUGGUUGUGUGUAACAAUAGAGAUAGAUCCAAUAGUGUAUCCUCUUACUCUUCCUCUGUUCUCACCUCCUCUGUUCAAAGUGCUAGUAGUAGUAGUUUUACAACCUCUUCUCAAACAAGUAACAAGAAGAAGGAAACUAAUUCUGAUGAUUCAACAUUGUAUAAGAGUGCUAAAAUUUCAAAAUCAAAUACCUCCAUGCUAAAGAAGAAUAAGAGAUACUUGUCUGAUCGAGCGGUCAAGCUGUUGAAAGAGUGGUUAUUCAUGAAUUGGGACAAUCCAUAUCCAGAUUCUAAUCAAAAACGAGAGUUGGCCAAAAUGGCUGACAUUUCAGUUUCACAAGUGAACAAUUAUUUCAUUAAUGCUAGAAGAAGGAUUUGUAAAAAGUUUGAAAGUCCUCCUGAAGAUUGCUUCAAUUAA